UUCAUGCAUGAUGGUGACGUCACGUACUUUGUCAGUCACGCCGCUGCGCUGUAGUUCCGUCGAGGCCGGCUGAGCAUUAGCUGUAGGUGUCAAUCGCUCUUUUUUGGAUGAAGAUGGCCGCAGGUCCUCUGUCUGUUUCUUCCAAUGCAUCCACAAACAACGAUGGCAUUCUUAUUGGUGACAAAGUUUACUCUGAAGUGUACCUCACGAUCGAUAACUCGCUCAUACCGGAGGAAAGACUCUCUCCAACGCCGUCGAUGGUCGACGGCCUCGACCUGAACACGGAGACCGACCUUCGCAUACUUGGAUGUGAACUGAUUCAGUCAGCGGGAAUUCUCCUCCGAUUACCCCAGGUGGCAAUGGCAACGGGCCAGGUGCUCUUUCAUCGUUUUUUCUACUCCAAGUCUUUCGUCAAACACAGUUUUGAGAUUGUUGCUAUGGCAUGCAUCAACCUGGCCUCCAAGAUUGAAGAAGCGCCACGACGAAUACGAGACGUCAUCAAUGUUUUUCAUCAUCUGAGACAGAUCAGAGGCAAAAAGACUCCAAGCUCAUUGAUACUUGAUCAGAACUACAUAAAUACCAAAAACCAAGUCAUCAAAGCGGAACGGCGGGUCCUGAAGGAGCUGGGCUUCUGUGUCCACGUCAAGCACCCACACAAGAUUAUCGUUAUGUACCUUCAAGUCCUGGAAUGUGAGAAGAACCAGACGCUGGUCCAGACGGCCUGGAACUACAUGAAUGAUAGCCUGAGGACCAAUGUGUUUGUGAGAUUCCAAGCUGAAACUAUUGCCUGUGCCUGCAUAUUUCUUGCUGCCCGAGCUCUGCAGAUACCUCUACCAUCCAGACCUCAUUGGUAUCUGUUGUUUGGAGCCACUGAAGAUGAAAUCAGAGAGAUUUGCAUCACCACCCUUAGACUCUACACCAGGAAGAAGCCUAACUAUGACCAUUUGGAGAAGGAGGUGGAACGAAGGAAGGUGUUCUUGGCAGAGGCUAAGCUGAAGGCCAAAGGUCUGAACCCUGAUGGUACCCCUGCACUGUCCACACUUGGUGGCUUCUCUCCUGCUUCCAAGCCCUGCUCUCCAAAUGUGGUCAAGGUGGAAGAGAAGUCCCCAAACCCCCAGACCCUCAAACCAGUUAAAAAGGAACCAGACACCCGGGCUCAGGUCAACAAGAGUCCACACAAUGGGUUGCGAAAAGAUGUGAAGAUUGGUAGGAACAGCAGGAGUGGAAGUCGAUCUCGUUCAAGAACCCGUUCUCGGUCUAGAUCGCGCUCCCCUCGCAGACAUUACAACAGUAGACGCAGUCGCUCAGGGACCUACAGUUCUCGCUCACGUUCUCGCUCUCACAGUCGUAGUCCAUCGCCUCGGCGACACCAGCCCUCACCCCUCCUACCCCACCUCAAGUCCAAGGCCAGCCACCAUGGCAACAGUGAGUCCAAAACCAGCGGACGCCACAGUAACAGUGGAGGAUCCGGACACAAGAGGAAGCGCUCACGUUCUCGGUCACGGUCCCGCACUCCAGUCAAAGUAGACAGGGACCGAGACAGAGAGAGGGAGCGGGAGAGGGACAGAGACCGCGGCUCCUAUGACCUCUCUUCAAAGAAACACAAACAUGAGCGAGGAGCUGGUCAUCGAGGAGACAGGAGAGAGAGGGAAAGGUCUCGGUCCUAUGACAGGGACAGAGAGAGGGAGCGUAGCCACAAGAGCAAACACCACGGCAGUAGUGGGCACUCAGGACAUAGUCGUCACCGCCGCUGAGAGAGACACACACACACACACACACGACAGACUAGCUCCAGGACUGAUAGUCAGUGAAGCAUUUUCAGUACACUCAAAACCAAAUCAGACGUGGCUUGUUCUCUGAAUGCUGUUCACUGUUAGUCAUGCUCGCAGACACAUUUUGCAUGUUCUUCAAAAGGUUAAGUACAUAUUUGUACUACAACUCACUUUGGAAGUAAACCAAAUAUCUGCAACCGGAGGACACUGCUUACAUGUCUUAGGAGUCCAUGACCAAAUAAAAAAAUGUCAACGUAAAAAUUCAUAUAUUUAGCAAACGCUGCAGCUGUCAAAGGGUAAUGCUGCAUUUCUGCUGUGAUUGAGAGAACAAGCCAAGUUUAAUUUCUUUUUGGGUAUACCAGGCUAAUAUUAACAUAAUUGGGUUUGUGGGUUUUUCAUAUGCAUUCUGAAACUGGCCACAGGAACUGUAUUAUUUACAAGUAUGUUGGUUCUCUUAAACCAUUAAUUUUGGCUAAACCAAAUAAGUUUGGCUAAACCAAAUAAGUUUUUUUUUUUUUAAUUAAAAAAUUGUUUAUUAAAAAGUAAUAAAGCUUUUUUGUGGAGGCAUUUAUGGAAACAUUGUUGAAAUUGCCUCAAUCCUACUCAUAGCCUCUGCAUGCACAGAUGUCUUGGGAAGCGAAUGUUCUGUGCUUUGGCUAACAUCUCUGCGGCAGCACACUUGUAGCAGAGGUGAUUGAUGUGUUCUUGUCCAUUGAAUGUGUCCACCUGAGCAGCCCAGGCUGCAGCAGUAGGCUGUAGGUCAUCCACCUGGUCAGACAUGAUUAGUGACAUCAGUCCUGGACCUGUCAUCAUCUAUCAAAACCUGUCGUUUUAUUUUUUUUCUUUCUUUACCCACAGCACCCCCAUCCCUCCGGCUGCCAUCCCUCUAGCCUUCCCUUAUUUUCUUGGUUUUCUACAUGUGAAGUUGUGGACUUUGGGAAAAGAAACUUAUUUACAGUGUAAAGAUAGCUUCAUAUCCACUGAAAAUAUGUGAACGCUUUGAUUUAUAAAAGCAAACUGCUCAGUGGAAGAAUUGAAUGAAUAAAUGUAAAUGAUUAUUCAGGAAAGAUCAAUAUGUUUGCACAUUAAGGGACUGGCAGGUGAAUGGUUUUUGUUUCCUUAUCAUUUUGGACAGAUGUGUGUCGCUAAAGCUGUGUUUUGUACAGUUUAAAAAAAAAAAGCAAAUCACUUACAGAUGUAUGUUUUUCCUUUUUUACAGCAGGAGUUGCAGACUUGAUUUCAGAAGAUUUUAGGGUUGUCAUUUGUUACACUGGUUUUUAGUCUGCACGUGUUCGUGUCCGAUUUUUAUUCAGUAAUAAAUGAGUUAUGCCACUGAA